AUGCCAUUCGAGAAGCUACAGUCGGGUCCGAGACAAACGUCAACAGCUCAAACGAAGCGCAAACGUGCUGAUCACAAGCUCGAAGAAAAAGAAGAUAUGCUCGCGAUGUCCGACGACGCUGUGCUGGCUGUUAUGAGGAAAUUAGAAAACAAGAAUCAAGAGAAGCAAGCGCGAUGGCGAUUUGGAAUACCUGCUCCUACGAUUCGGAAACAUAAAUUGUACAAUUCUGCCAUUGGUGCUGGACGAGAAACAGCGUUAGCCCAUGAAUACGAAGAUACCAAAGUCAAAAUUCUAGUAGCUUACGACGAAUGGGGCUAUCCAAGAUCAUGUCGUGAGACAUUGGAUUUAGUAAAACAAUUUGUAUAA